CGCGAGGGGAGGGGCGCCUGUCAGGGAAGCGGCGUGCGCGCCGGCGCGGGCGGGUCGGGGCUCCACCGCUCAGUGCCAGCGCCAGCACCAGCACCAGCACCAGCACCAGCACCAGUCCCGCGCCCCGCGCUCUCUGGCCCGCCGCUUGCGUUCUGACUCUCGAGUUCUCACUCCAGUCCUGCCCGUGCGCUUCCCAAGUAUGGAGCUGCUGUGCUGCGAGGGCACCCGGCACGCGCCCCGGGCCGGGCCGGACCCGCGGCUGUUGGGCGACCAGCGUGUCCUGCAGAGUUUGCUCCGCUUGGAGGAGCGCUACGUGCCCCGCGCCUCCUACUUCCAGUGCGUGCAGAGGGAGAUCAAGCCGCACAUGCGGAAGAUGCUGGCAUACUGGAUGCUGGAGGUGUGUGAGGAGCAGCGUUGUGAGGAGGAAGUCUUCCCCCUGGCCAUGAACUACCUGGAUCGCUACCUGUCCUGUGUCCCCACCCAAAAGGCGCAGUUGCAGCUCCUGGGUGCGGUCUGCAUGCUGCUGGCCUCCAAGCUGCGCGAGACUACGCCCCUGACCAUCGAAAAACUGUGCAUCUACACCGACCACGCUGUCUCUCCCCGCCAGCUGCGGGACUGGGAGGUACUGGUUCUGGGGAAACUCAAGUGGGACCUGGCUGCUGUGAUUGCCCAUGAUUUCCUGGCCUUGAUUCUGCACCGGCUCUCACUGCCCAGUGACCGACAGGCCUUGGUCAAAAAGCAUGCCCAGACCUUUCUGGCCCUCUGUGCUACAGNUUACACCUUUGCCAUGUACCCACCAUCCAUGAUUGCCACAGGCAGUAUUGGGGCUGCAGUACAAGGCCUGGGUGCAUGCUCCAUAUCCGGAGAUGAGCUCACAGAGCUGCUGGCAGGCAUCACAGGCACUGAAGUGGACUGCCUGCGGGCCUGUCAGGAGCAGAUUGAAGCUGCACUUAGGGAGAGCCUCAGGGAAGCCGCCCAGACCUCCCCCAGCCCAGCACCCAAAGCCCCCAGGGGCUCCAGCAGCCAGGGGCCCAGCCAGACCAGCACUCCCACAGACGUCACAGCAAUCCAUCUGUAGCCCUGGAGAGGCCCCCUGGAGUGGCCACAGACAGUGGAGGAGGGGAACCCCUACCACAGGAAUGAACCACGCUACAGCUGAAGCCUGAGGGGGCUCCUUCCUAUUUGUCCCUUGCCAAGCCGAAGGGGCUAGGUCCUACCUACCCCUACCUUAGCAUGCACUAAGGGGCCUGGCUAGCCAUGUUUGGGUGGCUAGUCAGGCUCCUCUUCCUCCUGUCUCUGACCAUCUCAGCUCAUUCCAAUUCUAGCUGGGGGUGGGCCAGGCUGGUCAGAGAUGACAUUGAAGUAGGUGAAAUACAUGUACCGGCCUUCCUUUUUGAGGCCACCUUAUCUCUGGGGUACUCAUGUUCUCAACUGCCAAAAUGCCCUGGUGCCUUAUAAGGGUGCUGUACCUCCUAGUUACUUCGUUUGGAUUGGGGGCCUUUCUGAAGAAAUUUCAGACAUCCUGAGGCAACAUAGUCUGGACAGCUCCUUUCAGCACACUUUGGAGGGUCCUGUGUAAUCCACGUUCACAGCUGCUCCUAGAGGGACAGGCCCAGGCCUCUGUCAGAGGUUCAAGCACCAACCAAUUCCUCUUUGCUUUGCUUUCUGCUCAGCUUCUCCUGUGUGAUUGAGGGGGCGGGGGGUCAGUGCUGAAGGAAGAGGUGGUUUUAAUUUAUUAAUUGCUUUGAGUACAACUGUAAGAGGGCGUGGUGGGGCUCACCUACCCCACAACUGGUGGUAACCCUGGUGGUUGCUGUAUCCCUCCCCUCUGCUGCUGGCUAGAGGAUCUUUGUGGCAGAGGAGCUGCUACAGCCUGGGGAGGGGCCAGGCCCUCCUCUCCCUUUGGCUCUCGGCCCCAUCCAUCCUCUAGCAGGGGAUGGAGCAAGGAUGACAUAGAGGUGACAGAGCCCUGUCUGGAGAGGGAGGCAAGCCCUGUUGACACAGGUCUUUCCUAAGGCCACAAGAUCCAGGCUGGUGGCCCAGGACCAUCAUGGACCAUCAUGUUAUCUUAAUAAAGAUUCUGGAAUAAAAUUGGCUUUGGCUUCUCGGA